AUGACAGACAGAAGGGUCUCCAGUGCCAGGCGCGGUCACCUCACGGCACUAGUGCUGGCCCGCGGGGGGAGUAAAGGAAUUCCGCUCAAAAACAUCAAGUUACUGGCGGGGAAACCGCUCAUCGCCUGGGUGCUGAAGGCUGCCAUAGAUUCGCAGUGUUUUGAUAGUGUUUGGGUUUCAACUGAUAAUGAUGAAAUUGAGAACGUGGCAAAACAUUUUGGUGCACAGGUACAUCGGAGAAGUACACAAGUUUCCAAAGACACCACAUCGUCCCUGGAAACCAUCCAAGAAUUUCUGCUCCAUCACCCGGAGGUUGAUAUCGUUGGAAAUAUACAAGCUACAUCGCCCUGUCUACACCCGUCUGAUCUAAGGAAAGUGGUUGACAUGAUCAGAAAUCAAGGUUAUGAUUUUGUGAUGUCUGUUGUGAGACAUCAUCUAUUCCGAUGGAAAGAAGUGAAAGGGUCAGGGGAGACGACAGUGUCAGAGAACUUUAACCCUUCACACAGACCACGUCGGCAGGACUGGAGGGGCGAGCUGUAUGAAAACGGAUCAUUUUAUUUCAUGACGCGAGAAAUCAUCACAAAAGGAGAAUUGCAGUCUGGAAAAGUAGCGUAUUACGAGAUGAAACCGGAACACAGUGUGGAUAUUGAUAUUGAUCUUGAUUGGCCGAUUGCUGAACAAAGAGUAAAAAGGUUCGGUUAUUUUGGAAAAAGCAAUCCGAAGGUGGUGAAGAUGUUGGUGUGUAAUAUUGAUGGCUGUCUCACAGAUGGCAAAGUCUAUGUGAAUUACGACCAGGAGCUAAUCUCCUACAGUCUCCAAGACUUGGACGGCAUAAAAUUAUUAAAAGAGAACAAUGUGGAGGUCUAUUUGAUCUCUAGAAGGAACAUCAGCUCUAUACUGAUUACUACUUUAAAUUUGCCGUGUAAGGUGGAGCCAAAUGUUUCAAACAAAAAGGAACUUGUAGAGAAAUGGAUGGCGGAGCAAGGCGUGACCGACUGGACCCAAAUAGCGUACAUGGGGUGCGACUAUUCUGACGUGGAGUGCUUGAAGCUCGCUGGUACUAGUGGGGUCCCGGCAGAUGCUAGUGUGCCGGCAAUAAUGACGGAUAAUUUUGUUUGUAAAUAUAAUGGGGGCAACGGUGCUAUCCAAGAAUUUGCUGAGCACAUAAUCACACUUAUAAAUGAGCCUGCAAGCUAAGUGUGAUAAACACUAAGCCGUCAGUUAUUUCCAUCAUAAAGACAUUUUGUGGGGCGGCAGUAACAUUUUUCUCUUUUUUUUUAAUAGCUUUAAAAUCAUUUGAUCUACAAUCAAAGAUAUCCCAUACCGGUUUACAUUAUAAAUUCAUCUUUAGUAGGACUGAGGCACUUUUUAUUAAGUAGAAUCAUUAUACAAUGUUGGUAGUAGUUAUUUGCCUGACGGGAGAUCAGCUGCUCCUUGCUAGGAUUACGUCUGUAUUCACCUGUGUUUCGUUAGUUUUGUUUAAGCUAAUUCUCUAUUAAAGAGAAGCGCAGGUUUUGCUUUUAC